AAAUACAAAUUGUCAACAAAAAAGCAAAGCGACCAACCAAACCAACCAACCGACCGACGUAUUAACAGUUGCUGAAAUAUUUUCAAUUUGGACUUUUUGGCGGGCUGACACUGAAUAGUUUGAAUCAAGUUUUCGAUCCUGUUGCAAUUGGGCUGAAAAGCGAAAGCUGCAAAGCUGCAACUCCACAAUCAAUUUUGUACCAUUAUGGACGGGUUUGCCCAGGAUUGGCCCUCACUGACCCACACAACAGACAAUGUCCUGACAAUGGAUCAGCUGGGUGGUGUGAGUGGAGCUGUGGGUGACCUGCCAGGAGAUGUUGGCUUUGAGCCACAAACUCGUGCCAGAUCCAAUACAUGGCCAUGUCCCCAUCCAGAGCCUUUUGUUGAGCCUGCCGACGAAUUGGAUAGCACAAAAGCAAGCAAUCAGCAAUUGGCAGCAGGAGAUUCACAACAGACUAUACAGAGUGCAAAUGCAGCUAAGAAAAAUUCAGCGCGUCGCAAUGCAUGGGGUAAUCUAUCCUAUGCGGAUCUCAUAACUCAUGCCAUUGGCUCUGCCACCGAUAAGCGUUUAACGCUUAGUCAGAUCUACGAGUGGAUGGUUCAGAAUGUGCCAUAUUUUAAGGAUAAAGGUGAUUCGAAUAGCAGUGCCGGCUGGAAGAAUUCCAUACGUCACAAUCUGUCGCUGCACAAUCGUUUCAUGCGUGUCCAGAAUGAGGGCACUGGCAAAUCAUCCUGGUGGAUGCUAAAUCCUGAGGCCAAACCUGGAAAAUCUGUGCGUCGCCGUGCCGCCUCCAUGGAAACAUCACGAUACGAGAAGCGUCGAGGUCGGGCCAAAAAACGCGUCGAGGCUUUAAGACAGGCUGGAGUUGUGGGCCUAAAUGAUGCCACGCCCUCGCCCAGUAGCAGUGUCAGCGAGGGAUUGGAUCAUUUCCCAGAGAGUCCAUUACACAGCGGCGGGUUUCAAUUGUCGCCCGACUUUCGUCAGCGCGCCUCAUCCAAUGCCAGUUCCUGCGGACGUCUCAGUCCCAUACGUGCCCUGGAUCUCGAGCCUGAAUGGGGUUUCACGGUUGACUAUCAGAAUACAACAUUGACGCAGGCUCAGUCGCAGGUACUCGAUCAGCUGGCUGGUUCCAUAGCGGAUGAGCUGAAAUUGCAUCCCGAUAUGUUGCAGCAACAAGGGUUCAGUGCUGCCUCGGGUUUACCCACACAACCACCACCACCACCCUAUCCGGCACCGCAACAACAACAACAGCAGCAACCGCAACAACAACAGGCCUACACAUUGAAUGGGGGCCCACCAGGAGGAUAUGCAUCCUUGCAACCACAACCCCAGUGUCUGAUUCAUCGUUCUCUAAACUGUAGUUGCCUGCAUAAUGCGCGAGAUGGACUCUCGCCAAACUCAGUCACUACCACAAUGUCGCCUGCGUAUCCAAAUAGCGAGCCCUCAUCGGACUCACUUAACACCUACAGCAAUGUGGUAAUCGAUGGCAGCGGCGACAAUGGAUCAUUGCUUGUCCAACAGCAGCGGCAGCAGCAGCAACAGCAGCAACAACAACAGCAAUUGGGUUCCAACUUGGAAGAUAAUAACUGCGCCUCUACUUUGAUAGGACAAUGUCUGGAGGUGCUUAACAAUGAGGCGCAACCAAUUGACGAAUUUAAUUUGGAAAAUUUUCCCGUUGAGAACUUGGAAUGCAAUAUGGAAGAGUUGCUGCAACAGGAAAUGAGCUAUGAUGGCCUGUUGGAUAUCAAUAUACCUUUGGCCGCUGUCAGCACAAAUGCUCCUCUUGUGAAUUUGAUAAAUAAUAGUAGUACAACAAUUAGUAGCAGCAGCAAUAUUGGCUGCUCUACGACCACCUCUAGCAGUAGUCUCAGUGCCAGUGCCCAGCUGAAUCAGCUGCAGGCUCAGCUUCAGCAGCAACAUCAACAACAGCAACAACAACAACAGCAGCAGCAGCAGCAACAGUUGCAGCAACAACAGCAACAGUUGCUACUCAAUAACAAUAACAAUAAUAACAAUAGCCUAGAAUUGGCCACACAAACAGCAAGCGCAAAUCUAAACGCUCGAGUACAGUACUCACAGCCUAGUGUGGUCACAUCGCCACCAUCCUGGGUGCAUUAGGACGAUUGACACGUCAAUAGUCGGUCGGUCGGUCGACGUUUAGUUGUUAUUGUUUGUGUGCAUAUGUGUUG